AUGCCAUCUCAACUCAAUAAACCAAAACCAUUGAGCCUAAGCUCAUCUCCUGCAAGACCCACGAGCUUGUAUGUCACUCCACCACUCGAGUUAUCUGACGAUGAAGAAGGAGAAGACUAUCACAACGUCGAACAACUUCUGAGUAGGGCACUGACACCACUAAGUUCAGUGAAGUCGACCGAUACCUUCAAGCAACAAGAACAACAACAACAAUCUCAAAUACUCCAACAACAAAUAACUACAAAACUUCCAUCGUUAACGAUAUCGACACCACCAGUUACGCCAAAGGAGGAUGACUUGGGUUUUUUCAAACCGCCCCCCAAAAGAUCCCCUUCAGGAACCAAUUUACAACUUGAUGGUGACAGGACUACAUCUGAGCCAAGCUCGCCAUCUUCAAGCACAUCAAAGAGAAUUUUGACAUCACCGGCACGUUUCAUGAAGCGUCUUUCACAAAGAUUGAGAAGUGGAUCAGAAUUGGAUCUAGCAAAGAGACCUGCAACUAACGCUGCAAAUACAAGUGUCACUCCACUUUCUCCAAUUUCGAACAAGUUUGAGCCAAGAUCCGUUUCAUUCGAAAAGUGCCCCACAACACCAGGAGAAGAAGAAGAAGAAGAAGAAAACCAGAGCGUAAAUCUAAAAUCCACAAAUUCAGUUAGAGUUCGGAUAUCGCGACCUCAAACACUACAUUCACCAUUGACGACGCCACUGAGAAAUGAAACCAAAAUUUGUAACGUGAGUGAGCUGGGAUCACCACAACCACCACAAGGACUGGAAUUGUUUAAAAGUAUCCUGAUGGAAUCGCCAUUAGCACAAUUAUCCCACUCGUCGCUUACAUCAUCUGUUAAUACUAGUGAUGCUACAAAAGUUAACCUUCAACAAUCUCCAUCUACAGACCUUGGUGAGCAAGUUGAGCUUCCUCGAAUUGAUGAUGAUUUUUCCGGGUUUUUCGAUUCAACUUUUGCAUCUAACGAUUCAAUGAUUUCCAUUGAUAACGCAUACAAUUUUGCUGACAAACACAUGAGCAUAGGAGGAGAGUCUGACAUAUUUCGCACACCACCACAAUAUCGAGGAUCAAAAACUUCAGAUCUGAGAGCACUAGAUGAAAUAUUACCGUCCACGCUCAAACGGGAAAGGCCUAGUCUGUGUGUACAGACGACAUCUCCCAUCCAGUCACGAAUCUCACAAGCUAGUUGUUCACCGGUUGAACCUAGCCCUUUCCUUAGACUCAAUAUAUUCCUUGAAGACUCACAAUCAACCCCGCCUCUUGCAACAAUAAACGCAACAGCACCAGGUUCGAGAGGUUCCGGAUCACCAGUUGAGCCAUCACCGUCAUCGACAUCGUCCUCUGCAUCAGACCAUCAUGACUUUAUUGCCAUCAAACUUCGGAAGGAUAAACUACAAGAUAUCAAUGAGUUGGUGAAUGUCAUUAUGUUCAAGAUUAUGAGUAAAAAACCCAACAUACGAGCCAAUGAUAUCUAUUUAAGCAUAUUCUUUAAAGAUCUGCAUUUAAAACCUAUAUUGUUGAGAGAACCAAGGAGGAAAAAACGUUGUCAAAGCAGCUCUAAGGAGAUGCUGAUUGACGAUGGUGGCUUAUUGUUGGAUUAUGUCCAGUUGAAGAGGAAAUUAUACAUUAGGGCACAAUUUUGA